UUAAACAAUGUAGGCUUCAGCUUUCAUAUUACUGCUGGUCAAAAUGAAAAUCCCCCUCUUAAAAGAGAGUUUGAUCAUACACAAAUAGAGAUAAAGCCAACUUUGAUGACUCAAAUCUAUCCGAUUGUAAAGAAGAAUAUCCCCGUGAAGUCUCAAGGGUCCGAAGAGAAUUAUUGUGAGAAGUUGAAAUAAGAAAUAUGAACUCUAUACAAUAGAGACAGGAGGCUCUAAAUGUUUGUUCUUCAACCAACCUUGUUCAGGCCAAAAGGAGGAAUAUGUCUUUGAACAUAGUGGGUUCCAAAUCACACCAUGAGCUCCUGUAAACACUUCAAGUGCUUCUCAGAAAUUUUUCCCUUCCUCUAAAGGGAGUAUUUCGCAAGGAAAUGAAGAAGAAAUCCAGCUGAGGGGGAAGUACACCUCCCAGGAUGUAAUUUCUCCUGAUUCUAGAACAAAUUUUCUAUAUAAUGCUUCCAGUAGUUUGACUAAUGCUCAUUUUUAUGAGGAGAACCAAAAUAAUCACCAAGGAGAGCCUAUUGAUUUAAGCCUUGGCAGUUCUGGAAAAUAUUACAUCAGCCAGGAAGCCCAAACUGAGAAAGUUACUGAGCCAAGCAAGGAGAUUAAAGAUACCUCAGAGCAUAAGGCUGUUCUUGAGGAUUCACCUAUACAAAAUAUUAAAAUAAAAGAUAUUUUACCGAAAGAAGACUCUAAACCAACCAACUCUAUGACUUCAAUGACGAGCAGGAAUAUAAUAAAGAGAGUAAAAACUGAGAAGAUCAUCGAUUGUAUACUUCAGAGUGAAGGGAGCCCUAGAAGUAGACUGCCUUCCACAACUCAGACGCAGAGCCUUCAGACAUCAACCUUUGGGGAUGUUGACCUAAAUAAAAGAGACUCAGAUCGUUUAAAAUCCUCUUCAAGUAGUAAUAAUCUCUUAAAGAGUGGUGUAUGGACAAUAAGGGAUGAAAAUAUUCCUUGUGUUAAUGACAAGGCCUCGCCCAUCUCCAUGCUACAACAGAGAAGAAUCACUGCCAACAACACUGCAAGACUUAAACUCAAUUUUAGUGGAGCUGACCUUCGAAGUUCAGGGUUGAAGGAGAACAUUCAGAGUUCUUGGAAUGAGGUUACUUUCCAAAACACCAAAAAUCAUGGAGAUUCUUGUGUCAAAAUUUCGUGUCAAGAUUCGGAUUACUUCCCCAGCGACACCACAGAUUAUGAAAGAAAGAGAGUGAUUAACUACCAGAAAGAGAAAUAUAGAUCAACUAGUCGUAGCAAAAGUAGAGAAAGAAUUAUGAAAAAAUCAUUCGCACAGUCUCUGCUAAAUGUUCAAUCUGUUAGGUCAUUCAUCCCAAUAAGGCCAGAGAGAGAACAGGCGAUUUAUAAAUCACAGAGAGCUAAACAGAUGGCCAAGACUGCUUCUGCUGUUUCCUUCACAGAGAAAUUUGGAAAUAAGCCAACUCUUCCUUCUAAAGCUACGACAAAGUCCAGGAAUGGAAGCCUCAGAGACGAGUUUGAGACGCUUCAUAAAACUUUUAAGAAAAUUGUUGGCAAAAGGACUAAAUCCAGAAAAAAAUCCAAGUCUAAGAGAAGAUCCAAAAAAUCGAAGAGCACAAGAUCCUGAAAAAGCAGGAAAAAGCCCAAAAAUCAGGAAUCUUCAACUGCUCUUUCCUCGGCUUUAAUUCAAGGUGCUUUGAAGAACUUGAGAAAAUACCAAGAGCCUGAGAAGAAAAAGAAGCAGAGAUCUGAAAUAUACUUAAUAUAG